AUGGCGGAUGUCAAUCGAGGCUGGAAGUUGGAGCAGAAAGCUCCUACUAAAUUGGUAGACUUCUCCGGGGAAGUUCCUGCUCUUACUACCCUGACUGUUAAUGGAGAAUUUAAAAUUCAAAGUUACACAGUAGUUAAAAAUAGUUUGGAAGCCAGACUGGGCUCCACCAGAAUGUCAGAUCUGCUGGUGUGGGCAGCCUGCCUGUGGUGCCUGGCAUCACUGGACAACACGAACAGUCAGCAUGCUAUUAAGGAGGGUGAUUUUUAUAUGCUCUUUGUGACCAGUAGCACAAAUGGCAGUGCUGGAAAUGACAUGGAAAUGCUUUCAAGUGCUCUCACAAAUACUAGUUUCAUGAAAUUUCUACCAAAUCAUGCUGUUAAGGAGGGUGAUUUUUAUAUGCUCUUUGUGACCAGUAGCACAAAUGGCAGUGCUGGAAAUGACAUGAAAAUGCUUUCGAGUGCUCUCACAAAUACUAGUUUCAUGAAAUUUUUACCAAAUGCAGGCAGUGUUGAAAAUGAGCCCAUGAGUACAAGUCAGAAAAAGGAAAAUGUACUUUCAUCAGAAGCAGUAAAGAUUCCCCAAAGUGAGCACAGAAGGAACCAUGCUGAGAAGCCAAUCGCUCUUCCAGUGCCAGGAGAUUCCAAAAAGCCCAACGACCUUCCCAGUCCUACUUCAGAUGGCAAAACAGGAGAAAGCGAUCGACAGCCAAAAGAAAGCUUUUUUCAGUUUCUUGGUAACUUAUUCAAUAUCUCUGGAAAAGCAUCUCUUGCUGAGGCCAAGCAGUCCUCUCUGAAAGAUGACCAUGACAGAACUGAGAAGGACUUCCGAAGUCCCAGGGAGCAGCAGGAGGAAGGGGUCAGGGAGGAGAGGGAGAUGUGCAGGGGCUCCCCGGGAACCCAGGCCCUGCCGGCAGGAGAGCAGGAGUCCAGCUCGGCUGCACCCUCAGAUGCCUUUUCUUUGGAUACCACACAAGACAGCGAACAGGAAACCAGUGACUUCAUAAAACAAGCAGAUGGUAAACCGGAGAGGCCUUCAGUAACAUAUGCAACGUAUCGAGGCCCCAGACAAAUUAGGAAAUUUUUGAAGCAACAGACUGUGUUCGAAACUGUGAAUCCCUUGGACAGAGAAAAUGGAAGUUCUGACUCUAGUACGAGCACACAUACUGGCCCUGGAAAUGAGAUUGAGGCUGGGAGGCGGUCAUCUUUGUCAUCAUCUAGUACAGACAUAGCUAUGAAAGGACAUACGCAUGGAGAGCGAUUAGAAGACUCUGAUUGUAGCAGAGGAAGCCUCCACACAGAAAGCCAUCUGAGAAACAACCCAGACGUGCUGAAGAUUGCUUCUUCUAAGGAUGUUUUAAAUAAAAACGGCCCUGGGGGACCUGAGGGAAGUAGGCCAUCCCCUUCUUCUGUGACUAACUCCAGCUUUGCUGUUGGAGAAUCUGACUCACAGCAGCAUUUAAGUCGUGUGCUAGUUUCUCAGACGGAUGGAAAUCUAGUGUGUUCCGCAUUGUUUACAGGAAGUUGCAGCGGCACAGUCCCCGGCCGUCCAGGCUUUCAGAGGAGAACUCCUCCAGAGACUGCAACAGAAGAAAACAGCUCCAUCGGGAGUGCUGGGAGCCUGGUGCAAAGGGAAGAGCAUGUCGAGCCUGAGCACCCUGCUCUUGCUGACUUGUCUUGCAGUAAAUCUGAUGGAAGUGACAGUACCCACCAGGAAAGCACAGAUGUUCCGUGCCCAGAUAAAUCCAUCAGGCAUGAAGACCUGCCGUCUCCAGAGAGUGGGUGUUCUGACACGCCAACUGUAGGUAACUCAUCAGAGCAGGCUGCCAGUCACACUGCUGCUCUAGGAAACAGGUUGUCUGCCCGAGAUGCACAGAAAAAUUCAGCUGUUACAGAAAUCAGGCAAGAAACAGAAACUAUCUCAGUGGGUGAACCCACAGCUUCAAGUCACGUAAACAAUGCAGAAGAUGGAAUUGAGUCAUUACCCAAAGAUACUGACCAGUUGUCUAUAGCAGAACCCAAAAACCUUGAUUUGGGGCCACAUGGCAAAAUGCCUCAUGGUCUUAGAAUCAAUCAAAAGGACCCUGCUGCUGCUGUAACAUGCAUCAGUGAGUCACCAGGUGUACCCUGCCUAGAAAACAAAAUAACCCCUGAACUGUCCUUCAGACUCCAUAGAAAUCACAUUUCAGACUCUCUUCCCGAUUCUGAGAGUCCUCAGCACGCUCAAGUAUCACUUGAUACCAGAACCACUCUUCCCCUUGACUGUGAAAAAUCAAAUUCCAGUGCUUCAUCUCCCCCCAUUGUUCCUGGAAUUAGUAUGCUGAGCGGGUUGGAUGUACCUGUUUUGAAGAAUGAGGGGUCUUCUGUGCUCAUUGAAACAGGGAAUGUCAACAUUGUUGGUGUUUCCAGUGAGCCUGGAGGGUGUCGAGAAGAAAAUGUGGCGAAUCACAUUGACACUGCAGACGGGAAGAGUCCUCCAGCUUGCCUUCACCCUGAGCACACAUCUGUGAUUCUUGAAUCCAAGGAUGUUCGUCCUAAUAGUGAAAAGUGCCAGGUUCCACUAGACCCUGAAACCAGUGACACCCACCUGAGGGGGGUGGACUCGAGAUUGGAGGAUGAAAGCCUCUUUGAGCGUCACAGUUCCAUUUCCUCUCAGGACCCUCUUAAAGCAGAGUUAAUGCGCUCAAACAGCGGAGCAAGCAAAAGCACUAUGGAGAAGUCUGGUUCUCUUUCCUUGGACACCAAAACUAGUAACGUUGCUAAAGUUUUCUCAAAAGCUGAAGUCAAUGGUCAGAAUAGUGUUCCUGUGGAGUCACAUUCUGGAAGAGGAAAAACUAUAGCCCUCUCCGAGAUACCUGUUUCCCACACAGACCCUGGAGACAUUUCUCAGGAUAAAAUUUCUUCUCCAUUUGAAAUGACAGAUGUGCCAGCAACGCCUAUCUUAUCAGAGUUAACCUCUCCAGAGGCUGAACAGGACAAAAGUUGUCAAUUGGUGGAUCAUAAUGAGCUUAAAGAAAAAUAUUCAGAUGAUGGACUUAAAGAGAAUUGCCAAGCGGAGGUUUCUCCUUCUGUCUCCAGAUAUCAAGGUGUAAAAGAAACAGAGGUAGAAGUGUUGGCUUCUGCUUCUGCUUCUCUCAGAAGUAAUACACCUGGGAUUUUACCUCCCAUUCAUGAUGAAAAAGCCAACACUUAUGUGAGUUAUGAACCUUCAGAUAUUUGUGGGACUGAAAAGAUUUCAGGUUUCUCAGAAACAGCAGAACUCAGCCUAACUAAUACUUGCCCCAAAUGCCAAGAAACUGACAGCACAAAAGUAAAUUCACCUUUUCUGGGUUCUGACAUCACUUUGGAAAAAAACACUUUUGCACCUGAAGAUGCAAGCGUUCUCAGUGUUCCUUCUGUGCUCAGAUCUGAAAAGGAAGCCUCGUCUCGGGGAAAGAAAGGUGGGCUUGACCGCAUGCCUUCCUCUAGUAAGGCCGAAGGAGUCAGCAUGGUCACAAGUUCACAUAAUCCCCUGGAUAAUUUUGGUUCUGCAGAAGUUGCUAUAGAUACCACACAUGAAGGUGCCUUAACUAACCGACUGUACCCUGAUAGCUCUUAUUUGGAAUUGGAAGCACCUGUACCAACAGGGGCUGAAGUGACCUCCUUUCAGGGACAUUUGGGUAACCGUACUGGGACGGUAUCUCUGGAUUUCCCAACUGCUGCCCCGUUUGACAGGCCCAUGGAAGCAGAGGCGGGAGCAGUUGCUGGGGCCCCGGCGUCAGUUAACAGCUCCCGCCAGCAGUGUUCUGAAGCCUCUGCUGAGCACCAGCUCGGGGCCCUCAGAAGCGGUUUGCUGAAAAAGGCUGACACGUUGAUCGGUGAGAUCUUUGAUUCUGUUAGGGAAGACCUGAAAUCCAAAUACACAGUUGAUACCUACCAGGAGCAUCUGGCCAAAGACGGCAUCAUGGAUCCUGGCGCCCUGCCAGAAGGCACGCCUGAGGAGAACCCAGUGAAGGCGCCACUGCCGGGGAGCCAACUGACAGCGCAUUUGGAAGAGCAGGACUUGGGGAACAUGGCAGGAGUCCCAGGGGAAGAAAAGGCCUGUGUUUCGCCUACACCUGGUGAGGAGAGCCUCCUUUUUGAUUCUGAUCAAAUGAAUGUAUCUUGUUUGUUAGAAGAUCAAGCUAGGGAAUUAGUCAAUGAGAUUAUUAAUUCAGUCCGAGAACAUAUAACAAAGGAUGCUUUUGAAGAUACCGAGACUACCUGGGAUUCUGAACUUCAGGCUAAUACUCCAACAAUUCUGAACAGUGAUAGUGUUAAGCCUCCUGUAAGGGAGUUGGUGGUAUCAAAACAAGUAGUGAAUCAAAGCACAUGUGAAAUUAGUGAAAAUAAAGUAUUAGGUAGAUUCUUCUCUGUAAGUAACACAGAGUCAAAGAAAGGAAACGGAGCUGGACAGUCUGAUGGUAUAAACUUGCAGGAAUCAGAUACUGUUUUACUAGCUGAAGACUUGCCCCAUAAAGGGUCAGAUGAUAGGGUAGAAACACAUGUACUUCUCAAAGAGGACUCUAAAGAGAAAAUGGAAAUAGAAUGUGUGAAUAAUCAAAAAACUGGGACAGAGGAUACUGGAACUCUUGUAUUAAAUGUCCAAUGGCCUCCGUGCGCAAAUGAUGACAUCCGUUUACCUGGGACAUCCAGAAGCAGCUUGUCUGAUAGUCUUGUGUGUAUGCCUGAGAAAGGCUUGCCAGCACACAGUAAUAAGAGCAUACCCCUUGCAAUGUCAGCAGUAGGGCAAGUGCACAAAAAGGAUGCUGAAGGAAAUAUAGGAAACACUGAGCUUAUCCCUUCCAUGUUAGAAAUAGGAAAAACAAACCAAAAGAAUGCUGAGUAUAGUGUUAUGAAAAAUGAGGCAGUCCCCCUUAUGUCAGAAAUGGGAGGAACACAUAAAAGGGAUGAUGAAUUGAAUGAGACAGAAACUGAGCCCACGGCUGACAGUUUUAAAAUGCAAGAAGUACACCAAAUGGAUGCUGAGGGGUAUCAUGAAAAAACUGAGGGAAUACCUGCCCUUUUAGGAAUGGAAAAGGCAUGUAAGAUGGGAGAUACUGAAAGUGAUGUUGGCAAAACUGACGUGAUGCCUGUUAUGUCAGGAGUAAAAAAUAUCUGUCAAAAAGAUGCCGAGGGAAUUACUGGAAAGACCGAAGUGAUGUCUGUUAAACUGGGAAUGGAAAAUAUUUGCCAAAAGCAUGCUGAAGGUGAUGUUGGCAAGACCGGGGUGACAUCAGUUGUGUCAGAAAUAGAAAAUAUCUACCAAAAAGAUGCUGAGGGGCUUACUGAAAAGUCGGAAGUGAUGCCUUCUGCAUCAGAAAUAGAAGAUAUUUACCAAAAGGAUGCUGAGGGAGAUAUGGACAAAACUGAGGUGACGCCCAUUGUGUUUGAAGUGGUAAACAUCUACCAUGAAGAUUCCGAGGGGGUUGCCGAGAAGACCGAAAGGCCUGUGUUGGGAAUGGAAAACAGUUACCAAAUGGAUGCUGAAGGAGUUACUAGGAAAACUGAAAAGGUGCCUUUUGCAUUGGAAGUGAAAAAAAUACCCAAAAAGGCAGCCCCUGCCUCUCCAGAAAUGGGAAGAGCAUGCAAGAGGGAUGCUAAAGAGACAGUUAGAACGAUUGUGUCCAUGCCCUCUAUGAUAGAGAUGGAGAGAACAGCCCCAGAAGAUUCUGAUGGGACUGUCAGGAAACACCAAGUGUUACCUGCAGUGGUAGAUGUAGGAAAAACAUAUGGGACAGGUCAGGAAUUGCCCGUUACACAAGCAGAGGCCAUGCCUCCCAUAUCUGAACCUGAAAAAGCACCCCCAGAUUAUGUUGAAGAGAGUAUUGGAGAAAUGGAGGAAGAGCCCGCUGAAGUUAAGGAAGGCUUGAUAGUGCGUGACAACCGACUUGCUUCCUAUUUCCGGGGAUAUGAACCGCCUACGUUAAGUAAGGACUUUGAAGGCUACCCUGCCUUAGCAAUGCCAGAUUUUCAACCUGCGGAUACUAUAGAAAGGCUAGACAGAAUAACAGCUGUUACUGCAGUAGAUAACAAAACAAGAAAUCUAGGAGAUGGUUGCGAUAAAAAAGAAGACUCUAACUUAGCCUUCAUUUCUCAGGCUGAACAGGAAAACCCUUCCUUCACUAUAUUGUAUGAAGAACCCCUUCAAGGUGAAGACAAGUGUGCUCCAAAAACUGCUGAAGUGAGGAGAACCUGUCCCUCGUUUCCUGAUGCACCCCCUGGCAGCAUACCUGUUGUCACAUGUGAAAGAUCCGAGAGUAGAACUGACCUGGUCCAUCAUUUUGAAAGAGGUACUAAAUUAGGUGAGAACAUUGAUAGUGAUAGCUCAGAAAUGUUCUUAUCAGUGGAAGCCAAAAGGUACAAAAUUUAUCCCUUAGCUUUGUCUCCCAUCUAUGAGGAUGACAGCUCUCAGGAGGACAUUCUAUCCCACGAGGUCUCACCUGGUCAUCAUGGCUCCACAAAAUCUAGGGAUAAUGCCAACCAGCCCUCUUCUGUCUUAUCCCUUCUCCAGUCAGUGUCAGAGCGCUUAAAGAUGAAUUUUGAUGAAGAGGAGAGGCAGGAGUUAGAGGAAGAGGAAGAAGAGUCAUUGCAUAAGGGAAGUGUCAGAGCUAGCAGGAGGGAAUCUGUUGCCUUCAAGUGGUCAGAUCCUUCCAUCACGUUUGACUCUGAUGAUGACCAGGAAAGGACUGGAAUUUCUAAGAAUUCAUCUGUGAAGGCAAAGGAACCUACAACCCCCAAUCUGCAAAUUGGGCUGUGGCCAGAAAAGGCCCCAUUUCUACAAAAGUCUGACCUUACCUCUAAACUACAUUCUUCUGUAAAGAGUGCUUAUCAUCAGUAUUUGCAGACUUCCAAAACCCACUCCUCAGAAAAAGGAGCCCGAUUUGGUGGGACUUUGCAGGAACCAGCUUCAAAAUAUUUCCGUGCUCAAGACAACUCAGGCAGAUUAAGCCCAUUCAUGGAGAAUGUUGACAUACAAUCUCUGAGGUGUAACCCAAGACCUGGAAAGAUGGUUAUCUAUGAUCUCCACGGAAGUAAUUAUAAACAAGAGGUCUACUGUAGUAUUCUCGAUGCUACAUCAUGGACCUUUCCAAAUGGGGUACUGAUAAGAGUUGUAAGAGGCUGUGCACCACCCAAACAUUGUUUGUACAACACAAUGCAGAGGAAGCUUGUUAGUGAUUGCAGUAUUCCAGAGAUAGAACUUUGCCUGCAGUCUGACCCACCAUGUUGUCCUGUCUGCAUACAGCGAGCGGUCCCUAACUUAGAAGAGCUGGAUAUCCCCAAAUAUGUGUCCUUCACUGUGAAGUCGGGAGUUUGGCUUGCCUACCCAGACAUUAAUUUUAAGGGGCAAGCUACAAUUUUGGAGGAAGGCCAUGGACUCUUUGAGAUUUCUGCAGCAGAAAUGAAAUCAUUGCAUCCACUUCAAAUGGGUGGACUAAAAGUGGAAAUGCCCAUGAACUUAAAGGUUAUUAUUUAUGAAAAACCUCACUUCUAUGGACAGGCCAAAGAGUUUAGUGAACAUAUAGAUUCUGUCCCUAAUUUUUUAAAAAAUGAUGAGGACUUUCAUGGAAUUGGAUCUAUUCGUGUCAUCGGUGGAGUGUGGGUUGCCUAUGAAAAAGAACAUUUUAAAGGCCAACAAUUCUUGCUUGAAGAAGGAGAUUUUGAAGACAGAAAUGCUUAUGGGGCAUUGAGCGGCCCCAUUUUGUCUUUCCGGUACUUACAAGCUAAUUUUAUAGAGUCUUCCAUCACACUGUUUGAAUCUGACCUGGAAAGUGGGAAGUUUAUUGACAUUAAAAAUCAGGAAAUUUCUGACUUAGAAGAAACGGGCUUUGGCACUGAAACAAGAUCCAUUCAUGUUAAAAGUGGAGUGUGGGUUGCCUACCAGCAGAAGUUUUUCUGUGGAGAACAGUACAUUUUAGAGAAAGGGAAAUACAAAUGCUUUUUUGACUGGGGAGGAUCAAAUAACAUAAUCAUGUCAAUACGACCUAUCCAACUGGAACCACUUGGGAUAAAUGAGCCUCCACAUUUGCUCAAAGCAUUCAGUAAACCAGGGUUCCAAGGUGAAUGUGUAGAUUUUACCAAAGAAAUUUCUGAUUUGACUUCAUUCACUCCAUGUUCUUUCAAAGUUCUUCGGGGCUGCUGGCUCCUGUAUUACCAAGAGGACAUAUCUGAUAACCAGUGUGUGUUAGAAGAAGGCCUCUAUACUGACCUUACUUCUUGUGGCUGCCCGACAUCUGAAGUCAAGUCCCUCAAGCCCAUUGACUAUGUCUUUGAGGAGCCCUCCCUCAGCCUCUUCGCUCUGGAGCACUGUGAGGGCAGAGAGCUGCACCUCGAAGAGGCCGUGAACUCGGUUCUGAACAAGGACCUGCACUUCUACACCCAGUCCGUGUGGAUCAAAAGUGGACAGUGGAUAGCUUAUGAAGGAUCCAAUUUCCUAGGAAGACAAAUCCUACUCGAACCCAAUGAGAUUCAAAAUUGGACGGCAUUCAGCGGGUGGAAAACCAUUGGUUCCCUCCGUCCUAUGAAGCAGCCUGCAGGGUACAUCAGGAUCAAGAACCGGGCCCAGAAGGAGUACCUGACGGCCACUGGAAAUGCCGCUGACGCCCGGGCGAACUCCGUGUGCACCGCCCCCUACAGCGGGAAGAACACGCAGGUCUGGCACUACUGCCGAGGACUCUUCAAAUCCAAGGCCAACGACACCUGCCUGGAUGUGAUUGGCGGCCGGGACACACCGGGAGCUAGAGUAGCCCUGUGGGCGGAACAUGGGCAACUGAGGCAGAAGUGGAGGCUGAACAGAAACGGCACCAUCAGCUCCUAUCUCAGCGACCAGCUUGUCCUCGAUGUGAAAGGAGGAAAUUAUUAUGACAAGACCCAUGUCAUUGUAAACCAGCCCCUGGAGGGGAAAGAAACGCAGAAGUGGGACAUUGAGAUCCUGUGAGACUCGGCAGCAUCCCUAGAAAGAGCCAAGGGAGAAGCGCCGUGCCUCCCAGACAGGAAGCACCACCGGUGCUCACCACCGGGAGCUCAGCAUAUUCUUGCCAGCUGCUCCGUGCCCCUGUGAGGAACAGGUCAUGAUUUCUGGUUAAAGGUUCUAUUCCUGCUUCAUCUCCAACGUGGGUGAGCAAGUCUACCGACGCCGGUGUUCUCGCUCCGUCCACCCAGUACGUUCCGUUCCUGACAGCAUCAUUUAGGACGCUGGAUGUGCUGCCGACCUGUAGGUAUUCACAUCCUAGUACAUGUGUGGAUGAGUGCAAGGUGCGGGGAAGUAAAUUCCUAUAGGUUGUGAAUAAUUUUCAGCAAUAUUUGAAGAAUAGUUAAUAAACCUAUUAAGCUGCUGUAUUAAUAGCUAAACCUUAAAGGUUUUCUAUUGAGGCUUUUAUAACUGAAGCACCAUAAGUAUUCAUACUUGUAACUGACCCCAGGGAGGGACCUGAACUUUAUCAGGAAAAGGGCUCAAAUAUGGAGUAUUGUCUGUGGCCAUCCUUUGCUCAGUCCUUCAGACUUAAAAAGCACAAAUCACCUGACCAUCCUUGCACUCUAAGUAUUAGCAAGACACCCCGUGGGCCACAGGACUCAGUGUUACCUGUCCUGGUGUGAGACCUCCCCCUCGGUUUCGCCUGAUCUGCCCUCAAGAAGGGUUUAUUAAAACUGUUUCACCUCCAUAGAAGAUGGUCAGGUAUUUAUUUGCCUGAUAAAGGGAAGUUUCACAUGUUCAAAUUAAAACCAAGUAGUAGUUGAGACUUGACUAUACCAUUUUACUGUAAGUAAAAGUGGAGUUGAUUUUUCUACAAAAUAGAAAACUCAGUGUUCUACUCCCAUUUUAAAUAGCUUUUAUUUAAGCAAAAUCAGAUAGGAUAUCACCUUGGGCUUAAAGUAAUCAUUACCACCUUUAACCAUACAAUUCACAAGCAUUUUUCCUUCCUGAGCUGGUUUUAAACUGAGAGUUGGAGAUAACUGUUCCCUUUAUCCCCAACUUUUGCCAGAAAACAGAAAAAUGUCCUAUUUUUUACAUAGAACAAGUUCUAUGUGGUAUUUUUUAAAAUAUCAACCUAUAUGCACUUUAGAAUAUAAAAUAACAGUGAAUUGUUUAAACUCAAAGACCCACUAUUUUGAGAACUUUUUAUAGAGACUUGGUCUUUCCAUGUAGAUAUCACUGGGGUUUUUCCUUUAAUCUCAGGCUUUUCUGUCAUCUUUCAAGCAGCAGCUGUAAAACUCCCUCACACCCAUAGACAUGAGUGCCUCUCAUUAAUGUGGCAGCAUUAUUUAAUGAAACUUAUAGGGGUAACUUUAUUUUAAAUGGGGGCUUGUGUAUACAAAAGGUAUGUAUAUUGUCAUUGUAAAAAAAAAAAGUUGAAAUUUUUUCUUCAUGUUAAUUGCUUAAAAAUGUUUCAGAGCCAAUGAGGCUCUUUAAAGAAGUUUCUUCCAAAGAACAGAGACAAAGCCAGGUAACAACUUCUAAAUUUAAAUGAUACCUUUAUUGUCGUUGUGCCUUUUCUACCACACUGGAUAAAUAAACCUGUCACAAGUUUGGUUUUGCCACUUUCUAG